AUGAUGCAGGGGACAAUAUGUCUGCAGUGUGGUGAUAAAGGAUUCUGGAAUGCUUUUGUGUACUGUGUCAAAUGCGUGAAACUUGCUGUACACCGCUACUGUCUGGACGUAAUACCUGAGACUUUCGAUGAAUUUGUUUAUUGGGUUUGUGAUGACUGUGAACUCGAAGCUCAACGCAAGUUCACUCCCGUUAAUAACCGUGACGCAGGCCCCACCCCGACUAGAGACCAUAUGGUUGCAGAAGAGGAAAGCGUUAACUUGCUUUCUGACAUUAAUGAAGAAGAGGAAAAUGAUUUAUCAGCAGUUAGGAAAGAGGAGCAUGACCAUAAACACGAGCCUGCUAAAUCAAACAAUGCUCUGGAGGAGAAAAGGGGUAAUGACAUUAAUGAAGAAGAGGAAAAUGGUUUAUCAGCAGUUAGAGAAGAGGAGCAUGACCAUAAAGACGAGCCUGCUAAAUCAAACAAAGACCUGGAGGAGAAAAGGGGUAAUGACAUUAAUGAAGAAGAGGAAAAUGGUUUAUCAGCACUUAGAGAAGAGGAGCAUGACCAUAAAGACGAGCCUGCUAAAUCAAACAAUGCUCUGGAGGAGAAAAAGGGAAAUGACAAAGUGAGAAGGCAAAAGCGGAGGUUACGAAAGGAAGCCUCGGAAAGUACUAUAAAGUCAACGAGAAGGUCAAGACGGAAGAUCAAGUUCACUAAGGAAAACAACAAGAGUAUCCCUGCUAAAAAGGCAUCAUCACACAAGAAAGAGAAGAAUAAAGAACGGAUAAAAGCAUUUGUAGGAUCAGAAAAAGACAAGAAAACCCUUGGUAAUAAUGCAUCAUCAUGCAAGAAAGAGAAAAAUGAACGCGCGAAAGCGAACGGCAAUAAGGGCCCCGAGCAGGGAGAGAGAAAUCACGUCUUCGUGAGAAGCUCAAGGGAGAAGAAAAGAAAGAGGGAUAGUAAAUGGCCUUCUAAAAAAGAGGAAGACGAAAAGGGCUCCACUGAGAAAAUAGUCAAAAAAAGACGCAUUUCCUCGGGAAAGUCAAAGACGAAAAAGCCAAAAGCUACCAUCCCGUCUGAGAAGAUUCACGACAAGGAAAAGCAAGAAACUUGCUCCGAAAAACCUCUCGUGGCGAACAUACAACUGCCUAAAGAUGGAGAAAGAGGUAAUUUCACAAACGGAGAUAAGAAUAAUUUGUGUGAAAGUUCUCCGAAAGACUCAUAUAUCUUGUCAGCUGAGCCAGUCGCAAUGCCUAUUUGGAGGGGAAGUUUCGACAUUCGGAACGAAAAACGUGUUAUGCUGAGUGGGGUUUUGGGUCACGUGUCCAUCUUAGCAUGCCAAAAAGUUUAUGACGAAGCUUUGCAGUUCGAGGCAGUGCUUCAUCUUGAAUUGCUCCCAAAAUCCGAUGUGUGGCCGAAAAGUUUUGUGACUUCGGAGCCUAGUGGGGAUAAUAUCGCGCUUUAUUUCUUUCCAUCUAAAAAAAGUGAACAAGAUUUUGAUCGAUUGGUUGAUGAGAUGAUGCGAAAGGAACUCGCCCUGAAAGCCUGUGUGCAGAAUGCCGAACUCUUAAUUUUCAAUUCCAGUGAAUUGCCUCUACUAUACUGGAAAUUUCAGGGCAAGUAUUAUCUUUGGGGAGUAUUCAGGCAAAAGCAAAGCACCGUUUCGAAUUUCCAUCCAUGUCGUGAGGAGUUGAACGGGAAAAACCCGAUAAAAGGUACUGACAAAAUAGUGGGGUCCACAAAGGGCCCGAAUGCCUUGAGCCCAUGUAGCCCGUUAAGCAACUCGGCUAGCAAUUGUUCGCACACUUAG